CUUAGCAUCGUCAAUAAAAAGCUGACUUUUUUAAAUCCCUUUAUCGCCAAAAAAAAAAAAUUUCAACAACAGCGACAUUUCCUUUUAUCUUCCGGAUCUUGCCUCCAAUCACAAAACAUCAUCGUGAUCAGCAAGAAAUGGCUAGGUCUGGGGUUGAUGAGACAUCAGAAUCUGGAGCUUUUGUAAGAACGGCAUCAACGUUCCGCAACUUUGUGUCUCAAGAUCCUGAUUCUCAGUUUCCAGCUGAAUCAGGAAGAUACCAUCUUUACAUAUCCUAUGCUUGUCCAUGGGCUUGUAGAUGUCUCUCUUACCUUAAGAUCAAAGGUCUUGAUGAAGCAAUCAGCUUCUCGUCGGUUCACACAAUUUGGGGAAGAACCAAGGAAACUGAUGAUCAUAGAGGAUGGGUUUUCCCGGAUUCAGAUACUGAGCUCCCUGGAGCUGAGCCUGAUUAUCUAAAUGGUGCCAAGACUGUGAGAGAUCUCUAUGAGAUUGCUAGCCCCAAUUAUGAAGGGAAGUACACUGUUCCUAUUCUGUGGGAUAAGAAGCUUAAGACUGUGGUUAACAACGAGAGUUCAGAGAUAAUUCGGAUGUUCAACACCGAGUUCAAUAGUAUUGCAAAAAACCCGUCACUUGACCUUUAUCCUUCUCAUCUUAGAGACACAAUCGACGAGACUAAUGAAUGGGUUUUCAACGGGAUAAACAACGGUGUUUAUAGAUGUGGGUUUGCUAGGAAACAAGAACCUUACGAUGAGGCAGUGAACCAGUUGUAUGAAGCAGUAGAUAGAUGUGAGGCAAUACUCGGGAAACAAAGAUACAUCUGCGGAAACACUUUCACUGAAGCAGAUAUCCGACUAUUCGUCACUCUCAUAAGAUUUGAUGAGGUUUACGCGGUUCACUUCAAAUGCAACAAGAGACUCUUAAGGGAGUAUCCGAAUAUCUUCAACUACAUAAAAGAUAUCUACCAAAUCAAUGGAAUGAGUAGCACUGUGAAAAUGGAUCACAUUAAGCAACAUUACUACGGAAGCCACCCUACGAUAAACCCGUUUGGGAUCAUUCCGCAGGGGCCGAAUAUUGACUACUCUUCGCCUCACGACCGCGACAGAUUCUCCUCGUAAAAUACCAAAAACAUCAAAGGUCUAUGUUUUAUCACCUGUCCUAAAAGCAACAGUCUUUUUUUUUCUGUUUCUGUUUGAAAGUCAAUACUUGUGUGUGUUUGUGUGUGUAAAUGUUGCAAGUCAUGGUGUGUUCUACAUUUUGCUAAGUGAUUGUAUGUUUUGAGAUUAAUCUAUAUUUUGAAACAC